UUGAGAUCACUCCUCUUCCCCCAAUCCCUCUCACACAUCUAACAAAGGUAGUUGUUCGUUUGCUGGAGCAGAAGAAGUAGCACAGCAGUUUCAAACAAAUACACCUAAAUCUGAGAAUGACAACAACAACCCUCUAGCCACAAUCAAUAUCUUUCAGAAAACCCCAUUUCACCAAAUCAAAUAUUUCUUAACAGAAAAAAAAAAUUUAAUAAAUUAAAAAGAAGUUCGAGAUGUUAGUACUCUUUGCUUCACUCUUUCCCUUCUCUAUAUUUCUUACUGUGAGCAGUUGCAUUUCCCAUCAGUGUUUCAUAAACUCUUUCUCAUGCAUUCACUCCGCGGCCGGAAAACGCCACUCAUUUCCUCUGAAUUAUUCAACAUGAAGCAUCACAGUGGCCGUAAGAAUAAUAACCUCUCUAUAUUCGUAGUCGUUUUCUCCAUAUUCCUCUUUGGUUGUUUCAUGUACAAUGAAGACGUAAAGUCCAUUGCUGAAUUCCCAUUUUCUACACCCAAAGCUCAAGAAAUCACUGAACAAGAAAAUGGGAUUCAAGAAAGCAGUGUUUCAACUGUGGUUAUGAAUUCAAGAACUGUAGUUGAAACGGAAACAGAGCAAGAGGAGCAGAAAAUUGAAAUGCCAGCUGAAGAAGAAGAGGAGGAGGAGAACAUUGAAUUGCCACCUGAAGAUUGUGAUCUUUUUGUAGGGAAUUGGGUUUAUGAUAAUGUAACACACCCAAUUUACAAAGAACAUGAAUGUGAAUUCCUUACUGCUCAAGUUACUUGCUUGAGAAAUGGAAGGCAAGAUUCUAUGUAUCAGAAUUGGAGGUGGCAACCCAGAGACUGUUCUUUACCCAAGUUUAAACCAAGAUUGCUGCUUGAGAAGCUAAGCAAUAAGAGACUCAUGUUUGUGGGAGACUCUUUGAAUAGAAAUCAAUGGGAAUCUAUGGUUUGUUUGGUUCAAUCCGUUGUUCCUUCUGGCCGAAAAAGCUUAAACAAGACUGGCUCUUUAUCUAUUUUCAGAAUUGAGGAUUAUAAUGCCACGGUGGAGUUUUACUGGGCCCCAUUUCUGGUGGAGUCAAACUCAGAUGAUCCAAAUAUGCAUAGCAUCUUGAACAGAAUCAUAAUGCCAGAAUCAAUUGAGAAACAUGGCAACAACUGGAAGAAUGUGGAUUAUCUCAUCUUCAACACUUACAUUUGGUGGAUGAACACUUUCACCAUGAAAAUCCUGCGAGGAUCAUUCGACGAAGGAGCGACGGAAUACGACGAGAUAGAUAGACCAAUAGCUUAUAGGAGAGUUUUGACAACAUGGUCCCAAUGGAUUGAUAACAAUAUAAAUCCAAAUCGCACCCAAGUUUUCUUCAUGAGCAUGUCUCCACUUCAUAUAAAGAGUUUAGAUUGGGAAAAUCCUGAUGGAAUAAAAUGCGCUAAAGAGACAACACCAAUAUUGAACACAUCAAUGCCACUAGAUGUUGGAACAGAUAAAAGGCUGUUUGUGAUAGCAGCAAAUGUGACUGAGUCAAUGAAAAUCCCAGUUUAUUUUCAGAACAUUACAGCAUUAUCAGAGUACAGAAAAGAUGGGCACACAUCCGUUUACACAAUUCGCCAAGGCAAAAUGUUAACACCUGAGCAACAAGCUGAUCCUGCAACUUAUGCUGAUUGUAUCCAUUGGUGCCUUCCUGGAUUGCCUGACACUUGGAAUGAAUUCCUCUAUUCGCGUAUUAUUUCACGUUCUUGACACUUGGCCCUUCUUCAUUGUGCAGCUCUGAUCUUACUAUAAAUUUUCCUCUUUUUUUUUUUUUUUUUAAACCUUUACCCACAAUAUUAAUUUUUUUUGUAUCUUCAAUUUUCGUUUUCUUUUAAUCAGAAGAGCAAAAGGAAAAAUCUUGUAGCUGUCCUUCCAUAAGUUGAGCUUCUUAUUCUCUUUUUUCAUCUGUUUCUGGGGAUUUUCAUUUGGCCUAUGAGUUUUGUGGAACUACCAAAUUGGACGAAAACUGAAUGGGAAAAUAUACGUUGUACGACCAUUGUACGAUGAAAUUUUAUGAUUCAAGGGAAUAUAUAAUAAAGAUGCAAACUGUAA